AUGUCCAUCUUCGGUACUCUCUCGAACCAUCGCGACCCGAAGACCAAGGAUGCUGCGGUUCGCCACUGGACCGAUGUCAAGGCCAAGGCCGAUCCGGCCCUGCCCCUCGCCGGUCUGCGCCUGACUGCUGAGCAGAAGGCCAAGCUGGACGAGCUGCUCAAGGGUGCCAGCGUGUUCCCCGACGAGCCCACCGAGGAGCUGCUCCUGGCGUCCCUAGUGGUGGUUCCCGCAUUCACACGCUACCUGCACUCUGUUCCAUCGUUCAGCGACGCCGAGCCUGUGUGGAGCUCACCACUGGACAUGGUCUGUAUUCACAUUCAGCGCGGCGAGCUGAUCUACCUCGGAGUCGUAUCCCAUGAGGCGCCGCCGCUGGAAGUGCUCGAAUUGCUCGAGGGCAUAUCGCAGGCGCUGUCAGAGUACAUCGGGAAUUUGUCGGAGCUGACGGUGAAGGAAAACUUUGCAACAGUAUACCAGGUGCUUAGCGAGAUGGUGGACAGCGGCAGCGUGGUGACCACAGACAUGUCGGUGCUGCGUGGCCUUGUGCCGGUGCCCAAUAUGGUGAACCGGAUGAUCGAGAACGUGUCGGGAAUCGGGAUCCGAUCCGAAGUGAAGCCCGACAUCAACACAUCGUCGAUUCCGUGGCGGUCGCAGGGGAUCAGGCACUCGUCCAACGAGUUUUUUGUCGAUAUUGUGGAGAAGAUCGAUGCCAUCGUGGACAGCAGCGGGUCUGUGGUGGCUCCCGGACUGUCAGGCAUGCCGGAGCUGCUGAUGGUGAUGAACCGGCCCGAGAUCAUGGACGACGUCUCAUUCCACCCAUGCGUGAGGCUGGCCAAGUGGGAGUCCGAGCGUACGAUCGCGUAUGUGCCGCCUGACGGACAGUUCAAGCUUGGCUCGUUCCAUGUCGGCAUGGGUGCGUCGCCAGGAUCACUGCCAGUGUACGUCCACGCCAGCUGCACUACACAGGGCGCCAACCAGCACACGAUUGAGAUCUCGGCAGAGGCAGGUCAGUGUGGUGGCAAGAGCGUCGAAAAGGCAUACAACACCCGUGUCCAGUGCAAGCUGGUGAUCCAGUACUCGACAAGGCCAGGCGGCGAUGCGGCGACUAAUGGCGGCGGCGCGAGCACGCCGUCGUCUAUCACCGAGCCUACUGCAUCGGCGGUGUUUGUUGACUUUGAGAUUGCUGGGUUCUCGGCAUCGUCACUCAAGGUCGACUCGCUGAAGAUGUUACGGGAAGCGUACAAGAUCUUCAAGGGCGUGCGGUACGUAACCAAGGCAGGGUCGUACCAGUCCUCUGCCGCCAACAUAGACUUCGACUCGCCCGAGGCGGCCCAGUGUGCCACCAGGCACUGGGGCGAGAUCGUCGAUAUCAUCAACCCCAAGAUCCCGUCCAUGGAGCAGUAUCUGCCGUCGGAAAAGAUGGAGGAGGUGAAGGGCCUGUUGGACGGCAAGAAGGAGCUGUCGAAGGAUCAGGCCUCCGUGAUUUCGCCGGUGCUGCUGAACAGAUUCGGCGGCGAUAUCAUCUCCAAGUGCCUUGCGGAGCAAAAGUAA